AAUAUAGAGAUCUUUCGGGAGAAAAAAAAAUCGUUAAAUUAAGAAAAAUGGGUGUAAAAUAUGUUCGUAUUUGUUUUAUGGAAUGCUCUAAUCAACUUAGAUUUCAUAUCGUUCCUAUCGAUCGUUUUCAAAACUACGUUGUUAGCCAUGGACUGACGAUUCUGCGAGCUCUCACAUCUUUACCCUAUUUUGGAGAUGUGCUUCCAGAAACUAGUGGUGUCACCGCAACCGGAGAAUUAUUGUUGAAAGUUGAUCUUAAUACACUCACACGUUUAUCUUAUAAUCCUAAACAUGCGAUUGUCCAAACUUUCUUUGAAAAUAAAUUGACACCAGGAGAUCCUCAAUUUGGAAAGAUUGAUAAUUCACCUGAUUCACUGGCUUUCCCGCUUUGCCCUAGAACUUGUCUUAAAAAUAUUAUUGAUUCUGCCAGUAGGGAUCUUGGUAUUACUUUUUUGGUUGGAACCGAAUGUGAAUUCGUAUUACUUAAAGACUGCACACCGACGCCCGUUGAUAAUACUACUUAUGCUUGCGCUAGUUCUUUUCGUCUUCCUAGCUCUGUUGAAACCUUGGAUAAGAUGGUUGAGUCUUUGCAAGAACAAGGGAUCGAAGUCGAACAAUUUCAUUCUGAAGCGUGCCCAGGUCAAUUUGAAAUCGUCACUGGACCAGAAAGUCCAUUGAUUGCAGCAGACAAAAUUGUUUUAACACGUGAGACAAUAUAUGAUGUUGCUUCUCAGGCUGGUAUAAAGGCAACGUUUGUGCCUAAACCCUUUAAGGGACAAGGAUUAUCACCAUAUGAAAGGUCAUUCAUUGCUGGUAUUCUACAUCACAUCAAGGCAAUCUGUGCUUUUUCUUUACCAACAGACCAUUCAUAUACACGUGUUGUUGAUAAUUGCUGGGCCGGAUCUUGGAUUUGUUGGAGUGUUGAGAACCGUGAAACGCCAGUUAGAGUGUGUUAUAGACCAAGGACUGGUCCAGAUGGAAAGUACCUUGAUGUUCAUUUCGAACUCAAAUGUGUAGAUGCUACUUCCAAUCCAUACCUCACUAUCUCCGCCAUUAUUGCCUCAGGAGUUGAUGGAAUCAAAAAAGAAAUGCAGCUUACUACUAGUCCCAUGCUCGAUAAUCCUGCUGCUCUAAGCAAUGAAGAGCGUAAGAAAAGAGGUGUUACUGAGAGAAUGCCUGGAAAUCUGCCAGAUACAUUAAAAGCAUUGAGGGAAGACAAAGUACUUAUUGAAGCUCUAGGUGAGCCCAUG